GGGAGCAGACGUUCUGACAGUGUUGCCGUGGUUGGCACCUGUCAUCUGGGAGAGCACCUUCAAUUCAGACAUAAUUGACAACAUGUAUCAAAAACCUCACUAUAGCAACUAUGGUUUUCGCUGUUGGAAAGUAAAUAGAUACUAAUGAAUUAAACCAAAUGUGAGUUGUUUUCAAGGUUUUGCUUUAUUAUAAUACCCAUUUUUCUUUUUAUAACUUUAUUUACAUUUUAUUUGAUCUGAUUGGCAGGUACAUUCGCUUCCUUGGGACAUUUUUGGCGAUGGCAGAGUAUAACUAUUUGGUUGGGUUCAGAGUCCACUAUUAUAUAUUCAGUGACCAACCCCAGGAGGUUCCAGCCAUACCCCUGGCCUCUGGGAUGUCCCUUAACCUGAUCCUGGUACCCAGGUUUAUACGCUAGCAGGAGGAUAGAAUUCAUUAAGAAAACCAUAUAAGAAGAGAGGAUUCGAAAAGAGGCCCACUUCCUGUUUUGUCUGGACGUGGACAUGAAGUUUCACCAGCGCUGGGGAGCUGAGGCGCUCGGCUUGUCGCUGCAGUUCACCUAUCUUACUACUAUGAGAGCCGGGACAAGUUCCCCUACGAAUGCAGUCCUGCCUCAUUAUCCUUUGUGCCCCUGAAUGAGAGGGACUUCUACUAUGCCGGAGCAGUGUUUGGAGGUACUGUGGAGGAGGUCCACAAGCUGACUAGGACAUGCCAGGAGCACCUGGACAGAGACAGGGUUAAUGGCAUAGAGGCAGCGUGGCAAGAGGAGCGCCAUCUCAACCUCUACCUUAUCUACAACAAACCCACCAGGCUGCUCUCCCCUGAGUACAUAUAUGGGACUACAGAAGGGGUCAUGAUGCACCUGAGAUCAAGGUCA